CCCAUCUCCUUCUACCCCCCCUCCAGCUCGAGGCUUGGUGCAUUUCACUUAGCGCUCUCAGAGAUGACUUUUGCAGCAACUGAUGUCUCCCGCACUCGCUCAACAACACCAACUUUCUCAAAUGAACGCGGUCCAGGAGCUUUUGUAUCACUAGGAUCCCUUCCAAGGCGAAAACAUCAACCUCCCACUUCUAACCAGGGUCGAAAGUUGCCUGCAUUCCAUAUUCAUGGUGCUGACAACCCUGAUGACUACUCGUCUGAUUCCCUCGACGAGCAGACUACUGCUCAGUCUGCUAACGUCAAACCCUCAGUGAAAAUUUCACAGGGCGCUUCCCAAUUACCUCCGUCUGUUCCCUUUCCACGCUGUUCCCCUUCUCCACCUUCUUCACCCUCAAUCAUAUCUUCUCGACCACAACCGUCUCGUACAUCAUCAAUUAUUCUUCCCAAUGGCAAGCCACUCAAGUCAUCACUUAAAUCAUCAACCUCCACCCUCUCUAUUCCCGCAACUCCACUUGAACCCCAACGCAAUAGUAACCAUCUCCACUUGCGUUCCCGAUCCGCACCAUCCACCCCCACUGCCCAUGCUCCGAAAAAUGUCCACUUCCCCGACACUGACAUUGCCCUGGCCUCUAUCCGCAUAUUCAGCCGCUCAGCCUGUCCAACGGCAGUCAGUACCCCCGAGGAAGAAACAGAGACAGAAGGCGAAGAUCACCCCUCAACUGGGUUUCCCUUCCCAAAACUCCCCUCCGCGUCCCCGAAUUUCGAGAUGGACACCGCUAUCUCAUCAGUGGUCCCCGCUACUAAUCACUCUCUUGAUGCGAAUGUCUUGAUCGAGUCUCUCACUUUCUCACACGCUUCAUCAAAAGGCGUCAACCCUUAUUUAAGUGGUACCCUUCUAGUGCGCAAUCUGGCAUACGAGAAGCACAUCGCCGUGAGGUUUACCCUCGACGACUGGCAAACUGUCAGCGAAGUGAGAGCGCAAUAUGUUGUUUCCAUCCCAUCACUUCCCCACGUAUUUUCACUAUCUUCCUCGUCCAAGACAACUGUUGGCGACCUCGUUGCUCUAGGGGCAGACAAGUGCGGGUGGGAUCGUUUUUCUUUCCUUAUUCGCCUGGAGGACUAUGCACACAGUUUGGGGUCACGAGUGUUGUGGCUUGCCGCACGUUAUAGGGUGACGGGUGUUCCAGGUCCUAGUGAAUGGUGGGAUAACAACAAUGGCGGAAACUACCGUGUCGCUUUCCGUGCAGCACGACCGACAUCUGGUAGGAUUCGGAGAGAGACAACACCUGAACCUAUUAUUCCCUCGAUGGUGACACCCCGCGAAUAUCCUUCGGGCCCAUUGAAUUCAAAUUCGCCCCCCACAUUCGGACACAAGAUGACAUUCUGUUCCUCGCCAAUGCAAGACGGGAAGGAGAAAGUUCCAUUUAUGUCGAGGUCAGGGAAGCUCCGUCUCCCUAACUAUGCUGCACCUCCUGUGGUUUCCCAAGUUUCUCCUACUUCCUCUGCGUCACCAUUGCCUAUGCGUUCUAAUUCUCCACUCUCGCACCAACGCCAAGCGCUUCAAGUCCCUGUCACACAAUUACGUGACUGUGACUCCCCUUCACCUCCGUCUUCGACGCUUUCGACCCCCUCCGCUUCACCCAACAUAGCCCCGCGCGUAAUGAUUGCCGGGCAUCCAGCGAACUAUGCACGCCCUGAGCAGACACACAUUGAUGACUGGGAGUGGAUGGCGCCGACACACGCUGUGAUGUCGAAGCGGCCAACCAUGCAGAGGAGUGUCACAGAUGGGCCAGUUGAUCUUACUGGAUCUGAUGUACCUGGAUUACCUCCUCGAGCGCAUUCGUCUGCACCACUUGGCGCGCCAGGUAGCGAUGGCAUGUCAGGCGAUUCGCUCUACAAUGCGUUUGUGAUGCGGUGGUGCUUUGCCCAAGGGUCGCCCACUGCGGGUGCAUAUCACGGGCCACUUACAAGCAGCGACGAGGGUAUUUUGGCGUGAGACUUUUUCAACUAGGUGCAUUUUUGGAGAGAAGAUUUGUACGAUCUUGACGACCUCGACCCUAUCACGACUGACGCCCGCCGUCGACGGUGGCACUC